AUAUUCCGAGGACACUUGCAGAGGGGUUAAUAUUUACACCUGAGGCCAGAACCGAGGGCAUCGAGCCUUGCUCCGCCUUCAACCCGCUGGAACCUCACUGUGCACACUCACUGAAGGACUCGCCCCACAGUAGUACAGGCAGCAGAAGAGAGAGAGAGAGAGAGAGAGCGAGAGAGAGAGAGAUGCAGGUAUUAACUGGAGGUGGAGGGGGAGCGCAGUCGCUGCUGGUCGCUGGGACGCCAAAGCCAAGAGCGCGUUAUUGUGUUGAUGGCUUUCCUUCAUCCUUCCCUGCAUAAAACCUCGGCUCCUGUUCCGAACGCAGACGCAGGUGCAGCCGCUCCCCGUCCUCGCUGCAGGCUGCCACGACCCGCUCCCAUUGUCCACGCGUCGCACCUUUCCUUUCAUGCCCACCGAAGAGGAUUUUACGCGCCGGCGUGAAAACAACCCCACGAUGUCAAAUGAGAUGUAACGUCGUUGGCGGAUGACCUGAAGUGGUCUGCGGGCGACUCAACUACAGUAGUUGUUCCUCACAGAGAAAACCAUGGCUGACCAGUAUGGUAUGUUCCUGACGACGGCACCCCCCCUCCGGCGAGGAAGCACACCCCUGCCCGUCAAACAUCAGCUGCGCAGGGAAGAGGCCGUAUCAGACGACUGUGAUUGGAUCCCGGGCCUGGAGGAGCCUGGGACGUUGCCUAUCAGUGACACAGCGGUGCCUCGAAACGAGUCCUUCACCCAGGCGGCAGCACAGUCCUCCUACCACAGCCACGGCGGCGCACUGAGAAUAGUGCUCCUGGGACAGAACGGUGUGGGCAAGUCGUCGCUGGCCUUAUCGCUGGCCGGCCAGUCGGACAGAUCCCUCUCCAUAGACUCCGAGACACAAGCCAGUGGUGAGGGAUAUCAGUGCACGGUGACCGUUGAUGACGAGGACAGCAAAGUCGUCAUUUUUGACAACUGGAAACAAGACCUGUCCACCAUGCCGUGUGACGUUUGUAUCCUGGUUUUCUCAGUAACUGACAGGCGAAGUUUUCACCGCACAGCGCAGCUCCGCCUCCUCCUUAGGGAGUCCCAGCCACACCUGCCAAUCAUUCUGGCCGGCAACAAGAGUGACCUCGUCCGCUCCCGUGAAAUCAGCUCAGAAGAGGCUCAGUCCAGUGCCCUGAUGUUCGACUGCGUCUACCUGGAGCUGUCGGCCUCUCUGGACCACGGUACCAACGAGCUGCUGGAGGCAGCAGUCCGGACUGCGAGGGGUGACUGCGUGGGCCCCGGCUGGACCGACGGCGACCCGGGAGCGGGCCGCAGAGAGAGCCUGACGAGCCGGGCCAAGCGCUUCCUGGCCGGGCUGGUUCCGCGCUCAUACGGCCGAGACCGGGACCGCUGCCGCUACAGGGAGAUGAGCCGCCACCGCGGCAGCAAGAUCCUCCGGCAGAAGUCUCGCUCCUGCCACGACCUCAGCGCACUGUGACCCACACACGCAGGCAGAGAGACACUCCCACACAUUUCCACACCAGAUUGCAAAAUGAAUGGGAGGGAGGGUGUAGGAUGGAGAUGCCAGCGUAGGGAAGGCCAUGACUCAGGAGGUGGAGGAUUCAUACUGAUUAACAGUGGCGCUAAAAAGGUCGGUGAGUGAGAAAAUGUUGGAGAAAGAGAUGAAAAGGUGCCACACCUCAGCACCAAAGCGCCAGUCAGACUCCUUUAGCGCUCCAGCUGCUGGCGACUGGGGAGGAACAGUAAGAAUCCAUCAUCUCCUAAUGACAGGAGGAGGAGGGGGGAGUCGCACCGCGAUGCUGACGGGGAAAAGGCGGGGAACGGGGAGUCACACACACCCAGUAGCACGCACUGAUUCUGUAGACUGAUAGCGACCUGUAGACCCUGUUUUCUAGCAUGCUGAAUAGAUGAUCCAAGAUGUGACCCGUAGGACACUGGACUUUCUGAACCUCCAAAGUCUUUAGCUAAUGCACAAUCCAGCUAGUGACUCUGGCACGAUCGAAGGCAAGACCCUUUAUUUAUUCAUCUGUGCUUUUCUAGCCAUAAUCUCUCAGUCACACCCACCUUUUAUGUUUAGUACUGAUUUUAAAACGGUUUGAGGAAAUCACCAAUGACAUGUUCACCUGUGACUUUUAUACAAGACUGAAAGCAUCAUCCUAAGCCAUAUUUCUGCUGAAUGCAUGGUAUGCAGUCAGCACAGUGAACCCUUUACCGUCGGAUGAGGAACCACUCACCAACCUGCCCGGCGGCUGCUGGAUGCUGUCUCCGCUUUCCUUCCACCCGCUGCCACCGUGCUGUGUGGAGGCUGGGCUCUGUGGAGGCUGGGCUCUGUGGAGGCUGGGCUCUGUGGAGGCUGGCCACACAGGUGUUGAACGUGCUCUGGAAUCGAGCGUGGCAGCGUCACCGGUGCUCACUCAUCCGUCACCGUCUCCUGAGCACGCUCGUCUUUCCAUUCAGAAUAAAGUCAGUUUUGCUUGACAUCUUGAA